GAGAAGAAUGAGAAGUUUGUGCGCUUGGAGAGUCAUAUAUUCUUCGACAAUGCCUAUGUGGAUACGAAUGAGGACGGACAGAGUGACACCUUGGCUGGCGAUCUAGGCUUCAACACUUACGCACAGAAACUGCUUGAGCUAGUCCCCCAGUUUGUGGAUGAGCGUAGAGCCAU